UACAAUUCCGUCUGCACCACAAAACAAACCACAAGAUCAUCAUUCGAAUCCAAACAGGCCAAAGAUGAAGACGCUUCAGACUGCCAUCCUCGUCCCCGUGCUGCUCUUGAACGCCGCGGCGGGAUUCCCCGCGGCCAGGGGGGACAAGUACGCCUCGUGGGACGACGUCAACGUGGUGGCCCACGGCCUGCUCCAGCUGGGCCAGGGCCUCAAGGAGCAUGUCAUGAAGACCAAAGCUCAGAUGAGGGACGUCAACAGCCAAUUGAAAGCCUUCAACGCCACCAUCGUCUCACUGGAGAGAAAGCGGCACGAGCAAGACGAAGCCCUGGAGGCCAUCCGGGAGGAGAAGGAAAGGAUGGAUGGGGAGAUGAUGAAGCAGACCAAGGACAUCCGCUCUCGCGUGAACGCACUCGAGCAGAAAGUGGACGAAGUGCUUAAAAUGACAAUGGAAGUCAGCUUCAAAGGAGACAACUCGACAAUGUUAUUUAUCCAGAGAGUCGUGGCAGCGCAGAACAGACGCAUCGACCACCUGGUUGACAAGAUCAAGCAGCAACAAGACAAACUGGACAAGCAGAGUUUACACCUGCUGACGCUGCAGAACAAGGUUGCACACAAGGGAGUCCGAUUCCUCAGGCGCAGGCAUGAGGAGACAACACUGAGAGGAGAUUCGGUGCCAAGUGACACCCAAACAGGUUUCGCUCAAGAUUGCCACGAUCUGUUUGUAAGGGGGCAGCGAACCAGCGGAAUUUACACAAUCCAAGCACAGAACUCGCAGCCCUUCAACGUCCUCUGCGAAAUGACUACAGAAGGUGGAUGGACCGUCAUCCAGAAACGCCUCGAUGGGUCCGAAAACUUUAACCACCUUUGGGAGAGCUACCAAAAAGGCUUCGGCAGCCUGAAUGGCGAGUUUUGGUUGGGCCUGGAGAACAUUCACACAAUCUCCGAACAAGGCCAGUACCUGCUGCAGGUGGAGUUGACGGAUUCGACAGGAGAGAGCCACGCGAAUCUCUAUCGCGUCCAAAUUGAUGGCAAGGAAAAAAACUACGCUCUCCACCUCGAGCAAAAUUCAACGUCUGGAGCUCAGGGGGGAAGCCUAAUGACGGGAGCCGCGGGUCUUCCUUUCUCCACAGCCGACCGUGACAAUGAUCUCGCCGCAGACGUCAACUGUGCUGAGCUUCACUCAGGAGGAUGGUGGUUCAGCAGCUGUGGCGCCUCAAACCUCAACGGCAAAUAUCCCAGAAGGCCCGGCCCGGUCAGAUGGCAGCCGAGGAGGAUGUUUUGGACCAACACAAUGGGGCAAAAAAACUCUCUGAGUACAACUCUUAUGAAGCUUGCACCGAUUUCAAUAAGCCAGCAAUAAAGUCUUGAGGAAACUGCAGCAGAGAGCCAAAGCAAGCUGAGAAAACGAGCGUUUAUGAUGCAACAACUUCAGACUGAAACAACUGGCUGACAAACUCAACAAGCACAUUUAUCACCUGUUUAUUGCACUGAAUGAUCAUAAUUGUUUCUAUGCUAUGCCAUAAGAUUUCUCUGUCACAUUGACAAUCGCAAGUAUUCCCUUUAUAAGGUCUUUUUAAACAUAAUUAUAAGUUGUGUAUUAUUUCCUUCAAUUAUUUUAUGCUUCAAAUAUAUCAUUUGUAAGAAGUGAGUGAAAUAAAAUUUGUAUUCUUCA